AUGACGAAAAAAAGAAAAAUUGCGUUUGGUGAAGGAAGUAGUCAUUCAAUGUCAAACAUGAGAGAUAUCUCUCUAAUUGAGACAACACAAGAGAAUAUCAAUGAAACAACUCCUGCCAGUAACCUAACUUUUGCACAAAGGAGAAGAAUUAUUAAUCGAAACUAUUAUCAACGAAACGUCAACGGCAUUAUAAAUAAGAAUGGAAGAUUGCUACCUCUUUUUGACGAAGCUGCUAAUCAAGAAUCAACGAGCGUUCAAAGGAGAAGAAUUACUAACCGAAACUAUUAUCAACGAAACAAGGAAAAUAAUAGAAAUGUUGAGAUCCAACAGGAGGAUCCAUACAAUUUUGUUUAUGAUGGUGUCCCUAAACAAUAUCGUGUGUUGAAGGAACAAAAUGCAUGCGAACAUUGUGGAGCAAAGCGGUUCGAAUUUGAAUUCCCUUCCUUUUGUUGCAUGAGUGGAAAGACAAAGUUGGCAUGCUCACCCAUUCCAGAAGAAUUAUACAAUUUAUUUACAACGCAAUCAGAGGUAGGCGAAAUGUUUAGGCACAAUAUUCGUGCAUACAACACAAACUUUUCCUUCACGUCAAUGGGGGUAACUUUGGAUAGUACAGUGAGCAAUAUGACAUCUGGAGUAUAUACGUUUCGUGCUCAAGGGGGAAUAUAUCAUAGAAUUGAUCAGUUAGUUCCGAGGGAUGGACACCCUCGGUACUUACAACUUUAUUUUUAUGAUGCCGAAUCUGAGCUUUCGCAUAGACUACAAUGGCCAAAUCUUGAUAGAAACGUCAUUGAAAUGUUGACUCGUGUUCUUUCUAUAAACCCAUACGUGAGAACAUUUCGAAGCCUUGCCGAGCUAGGACCACUCGAUAAUUAUAGAGUCACUUUGAAUGCUUCUGUGGAACUUGAUCAGAGGGUGUACAACCGACCGACCACAUCUGAGGUUGCUGGUAUUUGGGUGGAAGGCAAUGACAAUAUCACUGCAUACAAGAGAAGUAUUGUUGUGUAUGGGAGGUCUGACUAUAGUAAAAAAAUUGAACAUCACUAUGGCUGCUAUGAUCCUUUGUCUUAUCCUUUGUUUUUUCCCAACGGUGAGUCUGGAUGGCAUGCUAGAAUACCCAGACAUGGAGUGUGCAUCGAUGAAAUUGUUAAUGACAACGAAAUCUUCGAUGAAGAUCAUGAAGAGGUUAGCUCAGGAAGGGGUAGGAAAACUGUAACAAUGCGAGAUUAUUAUUGUUACAAGUUCCAAAUUCGGUCGAGUAAUAACGUCAUUCUAUUAGGCGGAAGAUUAUUUCAACAGUUCGUGGUAGAUAUGUACAUCAAGAUAGAGACUACAUGUUUGUCUUUUAUUGAAAGGAAUCAAACGAAGAUAAGAUCAUACUUAUACCAAGGUGUUGUGGAUUGCGUCAAUGCCGGUGAGGUUCAACCAAGUAGAAUUGGACAACGGGUUGUGCUUCAUGCAAGUUUUAUUGGAGGUCCAUGUGAUAUGCGAAGAAGAUUUAUGGAUGCUAUGACUUUAGUUCAAGAUGACGGAAAACCCGAUAUAUUCCUUACCAUGACGUGUAAUCCGAAGUGGCCUGAAAUCCUUAAAGAGUUAUUGCCUGGUCAAACCGCGCAAGAUAGGCCAGACCUUGUUGCAAGAGUUUUUCGUGCCAAAUUAGAGGAUCUUAAAAAUCAACUCUUCAAGAAGCACAUCCUCGGCRAGGUURGGGCAUAUGUUUAUGUCAUCGAGUUUCAAAAACGUGGUUUGCCACAUGCACAUAUCCUCAUGAUAAUGAAACCGGAACACAAGAUUACAAACCCAGACCAUUACGACAAUAUAGUUUGUGCUGAAAUCCCGGACCCGACAAAGUAUCCUGAAAUGCACGAGCUGGUGAUAAAGCACAUGAUGCAUGGUCCUUGCGGCCAUUUACGACCGUCUAGCCCUUGUAUGGAAGGUGAGCCGAGAAAAUGUCAUUUUAGAUAUCCUCAACAAUUCAACGACAAGACGAUGCAGACAAAUAACUCAUAUCCGAUGUAUCGGAGGAGAAACAAUGGAAUAGAGGUGAACGUCCGUGGCAAUAUCCUUGAUAAUAGAUGGGUGGUCCCAUAUAAUCCAAAGUUGCUAAUGAUGUUUAACUGUCACAUCAAUGUUGAGGUUUGCUCAAGUAUAAUAUCUGUGAAGUAUGUGUUCAAGUAUGUUUACAAGGGUCAUGACAAACAGGUUAUUCAUGUCGAUCCUGAUACAGAAGAGGUCAUUGUCAAUGAGAUAAAGAGAUUUCAAGAUGCACGAUAUGUUUCGCCACCUGAGGCAAUUUGGAGGAUUUUUAGCUUUCCACUUUCUCAAAUCCACCCUUGUGUGAUGGCUUUGCAGGUCCAUCUUCCGAAUAAGCAGCUGGUUAGGUUCAGAGAAAAUGAUAUAAUGACAGAUAUCGUUGAUAGAGAGAGAGACAAGAGCUCAAUGUUAACCGCAUUUUUUGAGAGGAAUAAAAUAGAUAUGAGUGCGAGACAAUAUUUAUACAAAGAUUUUCCGAAACAUUACACAUGGAAUGCCAGUUCACGUAAAUGGAAUCCUCGAAAACAUGGAUCAAUGAGAGGACGACUGGUUCAUGCUAAUCCUGCCGAAGGAGAACGAUAUUAUCUACGCCUACUUUUGUCUCAUAUUAGUGGGCCCACGUGCUUUGAAGAUCUUUACACGGUYAAUGGSAUWAUACAUCCAACAUUUCGCAAAGCAGCACUUGAGAGAGGUUUAAUAGAAACCGAUGAUAAUUUAUCGCAUUGUCUUGCCGAUGCCUCCUUAUUUCAGUUUCCCAAUGCUCUUAGACGAUUAUUCGCAACGAUCUUGAUUUAUUGUGAGCCGGGAGAUGUUCGUAAGUUAUGGGAUGAACAUUAUGAUUCACUCUCUGAAGAUUAUAGACGAGACUACGAAAAUGUUGAGGGAGUCCGAAAUAUGGUUCUUACAGACAUCGCCGUCUUUUUACAAUCUAUGGGUAAAAACCUCGAUGAUUUUGAUCUUCCAAGUUUAAAUGCAGCUAUCAAUUUAGAAUCACGAGGAUUUCGUGAGGUACAAGAGGAGUACUCCAUAGUUGUGCAAGGCGAAGACUUAAAUGCUCGAAACUCUYUAAAUUYCGACCAGAAACAUGCAUUUGAUGAGAUCAUGAGGCAUGUAGAUAAUGAUUGUCCAGCUGUGUUUUUUGUAGAUGGACCGGGUGGAACUGGAAAAACAUUUUUGUAUAGAGCUUUGCUUGCUAAUGUUCGUUCCCGUGGACUUAUUGCUAUCGCGCUUCAUCCGGUGCUGCCGCUAACAACAUGCCAGGGGGGAGAACAGCUCACUCUCGAUUCAAGAUUCCCCUUACUCUUAGUAAUAAUUCGGUGUGCAAUAUAA